AUGCGCUUCCUCUUCACCAUCACUUUGGCCAUAUUCACGGCCGGUGUAACCGCAGUACCCGUCGCAGUGCUCCCUAGCCUCAUUCAUCCCCCAGUUCAUGUCUUCAGGGCUGACCCUGCCGCCGAAGCUGCCGAUGCGGAGCCCAAUAUCGAGGCCCGUGGAGAGAACAAUGUUGAUGUGUCUGACUGGCAGCAAGAGCCUGAGAUUCAAGCCAGAGACGAGGCCGUGACUGAGGCAUGGGACCUAGAGCCACAGACCCAACCGCGGGACGCCCCUCAUAUCCAAACCAGAGAUGAGGCCGCUCUGGACAACGUCAAUCUUGAGACUGAGAUUGAAGCCCGAGAAGAGCCUCAGAUCAAAGCCAGGAAUGAGGCUGCACUCGACAACUAUGACUUAAAUCCCGAAGUCCAACUCAAUGACAAGCCUCAGAGCAAGGCCAGAGAUGAAGCUGCUCUACCUGACAACUUCGGCCUGAAACCUGAGAUCCACGCCAGAGAUGAGCCUCGUAUCCAAGCAAGAAGCGAAGCUAAGGCUGCAUGGACUGACCCAGACUACCACGCUGGAGGUGUUACCGCCGCAGACGACUGGAAGUACAGAGACAACCUAGCCAAGCUCGACGCCAACAACUGCGGCGUAGACUGCCAUCGCUCCCUCGACUCAUACCGCUCCAAGGUGUCCAGAGAACACAGGCCAUACUACGACCGAAGCACGAAUUACCACAGCAACAACUACGACCACCAUGACUACAAUUAUGGAGUCCAAAGAUCUUCCCGCGCUUCGAGGGGCGAACACAACACACCCGCGGAUGACUGGAAGUACAGGGACAACCUCGUCAAGCAGGACAACCACGAUUGCGGCUCGGGCUGCAAACAUUCGCUAGCCUCGUACCGCUCCGUGGCCUCCAAGGAUUCAAGGAUUGCUCGGGAGAAGGACUAUCAUAACUACAACCACCAGGAUGACAAGACCAUCAGGACCAACACCUACUAUCCCAAGGACCAUCAUUCUACCAACUAUAAUGAUAUCCAUCAUAAUGAUUACCAUGGCAACAAUUACCAUACCAAUGGCAACGGCUAUGACCACCAUAACAAUGGCCACGAUUAUGGGGUUCAGAGGUCCUCUAGGGCGUCGAGAGGAGAGCACAACACCAGGCAGGAUGAGAUAAACCACAAAAACAAUCAUUACAAGUUGGAUCAUAACGACUGCGGCGUCAACUGCCACAAGUCCCUUGCCUCGUAUCACUCGGUUGCAUCUGCAGACUCGAAGCGCUCCAGGCAGUCGAGGCAGUCAAGACAAUCUCACGGAAACCACGGCCACUAA